AUGGUCGACACUUCUUCUCACAUUCGCCGAGGACACCCUAUUUUCUUCGGUUUGAUCACAUUCUUCGCCAUCAUCGAAGGUAUUAUUACCGCUUGGCUUGCUGACGUUUGCAACAGCAACGACACCUACCCCUCGAAUUCUUACCGAGACCGACUCAAGUUCCUCGUGUUUGUCUCCUGGUGGACAGUCGUUUUCGGUGCUGCCCAUCUUACCUCGUUCUUGGUCGCUACGACCAAUUUCGUUUCUUCCAUCGCUGCUCACCUUGGUGUCUGGGCCCUCACAUGGCUCUUCUGGCUCGCCGGCGCCGCCUCCUUCACUGCCGCUCUCGGCGGUGGUGCCCGAUGUAGUCACUCUUCCCUCACAUACUGCAACCAGCUCGUAGCUGCCGAGGCGUUCGCGUGGAUGGAGUGGAUUCUGCUGAGUGUGCUGUUCAUCUUCCUCUUGCUGGUUGCUGUGAGGGCUAUCAGGCAAGGCGACAGCUUGGGCGGGGGGCUUGUCUAA